UUAAUGGAGAACAAGACAGAAGUGACACUGUUCAUCCUUCUGGGACUCACCAAUGACCCACACCUGCAGCUUCCCCUCUUCAUCAUCUUCCUCCUCAUCUACACCAUCACCCUGGUGGGGAACCUGGGGAUGUUCCUGUUGAUUCUCUUUGACUCUCGGCUUCACCGCCCCAUGUACAUUUUUCUCAAUAACCUGUCUUUAGUGGACUUUUGUUACUCUUCAACAGUCACUCCAAAGGUCAUAGUUGGAUUCCUUACAGGAGACAAGAUCAUGUCCUACAAUGCUUGUGCCUCUCAGAUGUUCUUUUUUGCAACCUUUGCCAAUGUGGAGAACUGCCUUUUGGUCUCAAUGGCCUAUGACCGCUAUGUAGCAGUAUGUAAGCCCCUACACUAUGCCACCACCAUGACAACAAAUGCAUGUGCAUGUUUAGUCAUUGGCUGUUAUAUCUGUGGUUUCCUGAAUGCUUCCAUCUAUACUGUGAAUGUGUUAACUCUCUCCUUCUGUGUGUACAAUGUGGUCCAUCAUUUUUUCUGUGAUAUUCCAGCAAUUAUGCUUGUAUCUUGCUCUGAUAGACAUGUCAAUGAACUGGUUCUUAUUUAUGUGGCCAGCUUCAAUAUCUUUUUUGUUUUUAUACUGAUCUUAAUAUCCUACAUGUUCAUUUUUACCAACAUUCUAAAGAUAAACUCUGUUGCAGCAUAUCACAAAGCUCUUUCUACUUGUGCCUCCCACUUUACAGCUGUCUCCAUCUUCUAUGGGACAGUCAUCUUCAUGUACUUGCAGCCCAGCUCCAGUCACUCCAUGGACACUGACAAAAUUGCAUCUGUCUUUUACACCAUGGUCAUCCCCAUGCUGAACCCUCUAGUCUACAGCCUAAGGAAUAAGGAGGUGAAGAAUGCAUUCACAAAGAUUGUAUUGAGGUCAAAAUAA